AUGGGUAUGGGUUGGAGUACUGGAAGUGAGUUCGCACGGAGGGCUGUUGAUGCUGUGUUCGGUCCUCGUACUAUAAGUGUAGUUUCUGAAUCACCUGUUGUUGCUGCUCCAGCACCUGCGACGACCAGCGUCGACGCUGGCUCUGGUGCAUGCGGCCAUCAUUCCAAGGCCUUCGAGGAUUGCCUGAACAACUCCGGGAAUGAUAUCGGCAAGUGUCAGUUCUUCUUCGAUAUGUUGACUGAAUGCAAACGGAACAUUGAAUCUAUGAUGGAUUCCUAA